CGCACCGUUUGUUGGAGAUCGACGGUUGAGGUGUCAAAUCGAUCGGCUUAUUGAGGAGAGGUGUGCUAUGCAUUACGGAAGUGAUCGGAAUGUCGGCAUUCCCGGUACAGAAGCUCAAAGUCAGAAAAUUUCCCAUUGAGUUGUGAAAGAAUUGACGCUCUACACUGCCAGCUCUAAAAGAAUUGCCUCCAUACACGCCCGGCUCUAAAAAGUAUUGGCAACCAAUCUGUUCGGCUCUUAGAAGUAUUGGCGCCCUAUCUGGCCGACUCUCAAAAGUAUUGGCACCCUGCAUGGCUGGCUCUCCAAAGUAUUUCCGCCCUACACGGCCAGCUCUAAAAAGUAUAGCUGCACUACACGGCCGGCUCUCAGAAAUAUUGGCGCCCUGUGCCUCCAGCUCUCAAAAGAAUUGAUGCCCAUCGUGUCCAGCUCUCAAAAGUAUUGCCACCCCACUCUUCUGGCUGUCGAAAGUAUUGGCGCCUGAUCCGAAUUUUGCCAUGUCAAGCAGCACACAUUUUCUUCAGGAAAUGUACUGGUCUAGAUUAUUAUUAUUAUUGUUGUGUGUGUGUGUGUGUGUGUGUGUGUGUCUUAUUAUUUUAGACAUCAGAUAUUUCUCAUCUAUAUUAAAUGUUUUCUACACAUUUGAUCAUUUUAGAAAAUGUUUGAAGGAUUUUUACACGCACCCCUGCUCUCAUCAGACAGAACCUCGAUUGGGAAACACUGGGUUAGUUACUCGUCUGACCAAUGUGUUUAACUUACUCUCCAUCAUCACUUUUAUUCUGAGUAACAUUCAUUAUUCACACAAAAACUACUUACACACCAAUCCUCACUAAUAUCAGGAUACUCGCUCUCAUUAAGGGAAAACCAGAGAAAAUACAUUUCUGCAGAUAUUUCAGUAAACUUACUCAGCGUAUGAGUUCUGCUUCUUUAUCUAAUGAUCUGCUGAGUGUUUCUAGCUCCUGUUAUUUUAUUUUAGUUUAUAUAUUUGUAUAGAGCUCUGACAGUUGUUCGUGCACAGCUGAAUGAAGUCACGAGAUAAUAAAUGAAGGUAAUGAAAUGAUAAUGUGUGUGAUGUAGAUUUUACCAGACUUUUCAUUCUGUUCUCUGUAUUUGCAGCGUUUUCAGGCUUAUACUUUCAGUAUUUACAGGCCUUUGCUCGAUGGAUCAGAAAGCUGUCUGAAAACAAACCACAUCUGUGUGUGUGCGUGUGUGUAUUACCCUACCUCACUGCCCCUCCCCCUCUGCAGAAUAAAGGGUUAGGAAGUGAAAGUGAAAGUCAGUCUCCAUUUUGUGUGGAGGGGAAAAUACAGCAUUUCAGGAGUAAAAACACAGGUUUGAUUUAACACACCGAUGUUGGAGUGAAGUAAACGUGUGUCCUGCUGUAAUCUGGAGAAGGAGACAUGACCUCCAACAUGAGUGUGUCUGGAGAACAGGACUUAAAGAGAGACGAGAGAAUGAUGGAGGGAAAGAGAUCAGACUCACCAGAACCCAGCUGUGUGUCCAUGAAGAGUGACGCGUCAAUGGAUCAUCCAUUUCACUUCAGAGACGGAGCCAGUUCUCCUGAUGUGAGACCACAACAGAAGAAAUCAAACCUCAGCAGAAAUCAGUUGGACUCCAUAUUCAAGGAGCUGGAACACAAAGUCAUCACUCUGAUGAAGAAUGAGCUGAAGAGGUUUAGGAAGCUCCUGAGUCCAGAUUACCCAGCAUGCACUGAGAGGGGGGUGGAGGAUGAGGAGGAUCUGCACAGUGUCAGAGACGGAGUGCUGAAGAUCACACUGCACGUCCUGAAGAACAUGAACCACACAGAUCUCGCUAACACACUGCACAACAAACUCGCCUCUGUGUAUCAGACAAAGCUGAAAUCCAGCCUGAGAGAGAAGUUUAGAAGAAUUAAUGAAGGAAUCUCACAGCAUGGAAGCUCAGCACUUCUGAAUGAGAUCUAUACAGAGCUCUACAUCACAGAGGGUGGGAGUGGAGACGUCAAUAAUGAACAUGAGGUGAGACAGAUUGAGACAGCGUCCAGGAGACCAGCAGCACAGGAGACACCCAUCAAAUGUAAUGAUCUCUUUAAAGACAAGUCCAUCAGAAGUGUGCUGACUAAAGGAGUUGCUGGAAUUGGAAAAACAGUCUCUGUGCAGAAGUUCGUUCUGGACUGGACUGAAGGAAAAGCAAAUCAGGAUGUCACCUUCAUGUUUCCACUUCCCUUUAGAGAGCUGAAUCUGAUGAAGCAGAGAAAUCUCAGUCUGAUGGAUCUUCUUCAUCACUUUUUCCCAGAAAUAAGAAAACUAGAAGUAAUAGACUGUGACUCCUACAAAGUGGUGUUGAUCUUUGAUGGUCUGGAUGAGUGUCGACUUCCUCUAAAUUUCCAGAAGAAUGAGAUACUGGGUGAUGUGACAGAGUCAGCCUCAGUGGAUGUGCUGCUGACGAACCUCAUCAAGGGGAAUCUGCUUCCCUCUGCUCUCCUCUGGAUCACCUCUCGACCAGGAGCAGCCAAUCAGAUCCCUCCUGAGUGUGUAGCCCAGGUAACAGAGGUACGAGGGUUCAGUGAUCCUCAGAAAAAGGAGUACUUCAGGAAGAGGAUCAGUGAUCGGAGCCUGGCCAAUAAAAUCAUCUCACACAUGAAGUCUUCAAGAAGCCUCUACAUCAUGUGCCACAUCCCAGUCUUCUGCUGGAUCUCAGCCACUGUUCUAGAGAGAAUGUUGGGUGAAGCAGAGAGUGGAGAGAUCCCCAAGACUCUGACUCAAAUGUUCACACACUUCCUGAUCUUUCAGAUCAAACACAAGGACCAAAAGUACCAUCAGAAAUGUGACCCUGAUCCUCAGCAGACCAGAGAGAGUAUCCUGGCACUGGGAAAACUGGCUUUCCAACAGCUGGAGAAAGGAAACCUGAUCUUCUAUGAGGAAGACCUGAGAGAGUGUGGCAUUGAUGUGAGAGAAGUGUCGGUGUACUCAGGAGUGUGUACCCAAAUCUUCAGAGAGGAGUUUGGGCUUCACCUGGGGAAGGUGUUCAGCUUUGUACAUCUGAGUGUUCAGGAGUUUCUGGCUGCUUUAUAUGCAUUUUUCUGCUUUAUUUUUAGAAAGACAAAUGUGUUAGUGGAGCAAAGCACUGGACGUUCUAAUUUCUUCAGAAAGUCAGACAUGUCUGAUCUCCUCAGGAGUGCAGUGGACAAGGCCUUACAGAGUGAGAACGGACACCUGGACCUGUUCCUCCGCUUCCUUCUGGGUCUCUCACUGGAGUCCAAUCAGACUCUCUUACGAGGCUUAAUGCCCCAGACAGGAAGCAGCUCUCACAGCAAACAGGAAACAGUCGAGUACAUCAAGGAGAAGAUCAGGGAGAAUCCAUCUCCAGAGAAAUCCAUCAAUCUGUUCCACUGUCUGAAUGAACUGAAUGAUCAUUCUCUGGUGCAGGAAGUACAGACUUACCUGAACAGAGAAGAUUACAGUCGUCUCAGUGGAACCAGACUCUCUCCUGCUCAGUGGUCAGCUCUGGUGUUUGUGUUACUGAACUCAGAUCAGGAGCUGGAUGAGUUUAAUUUGAGUAAAUAUGACCCAUCAGAGGAAUGUCUUCUGAAGCUGCUGCCAGUGGUCAAAGCCUCCAGAAGAGCUGAGCUGUGUGUGUGUAAACUGACAGAGGAAAGCUGUAGAGUUCUGUCCUCAGUUCUCAGAUCAAACUCCUCCAGACUGAGAGAACUGAACCUGAGUGUCAAUAACCUGCAGGAUUCAGGAGUGAAGCUGCUCUCUGCUGGACUGGAGAAUCCACACUGUACACUGGAGAUACUGAGGCUGUGUGUGUGUAAACUGACAGAGGAAAGCUGUAGAGUUCUGUCCUCAGUUCUCAGAUCAAACUCCUCCAGACUGAGAGAACUGAACCUGAGUCACAAUAACCUGCAGGAUUCAGGAGUGAAGCUGCUCUCUGCUGGACUGGAGAAUCCACACUGUACACUGGAGAUACUGAGGAUGUGGAACUGCAGGAUUACAGAUGAAGGUUGUGCUGCUCUGGCUUCUGCUCUGAGGUCAAACUCCUCAUCACACCUGAGAGAACUGAAUCUGGACUAUAAUAAUCCAGGAGAAUCAGGAGUGAAGCUGCUCUCUGAUCUACUGAAGGAUCCACACUGUAACCUGGAGACACUACACAUUAAGGAUAAUACACUCACCAGGACUGGCGUAUGACAGGAGUCUCACCUCAAACCUCUUCUCCAGGAUAAAGCAGUCUUGGUGAAGAGUUAGAUCCCGUCCCACAUUUCCAGCAGUUUGGGAGCUGAAUCAUUAAACUUAAAGGGGCAGAGCAGAAACAAAGUCAAGAACAGGCAGAAGGUCGUACACAGGAGAAAUCAACACACGUAACCAAAUAUCUGCUGUACAAAGCAACGGCACCGAUCUGCCCCGGGGAUGGAGACUGACGAGGCUUAACCCUCUUACCCCUUAGUUCCCACAGUAUUACGUCCCAUAACCCUAUAUUCCCCUGAGAAACAGCACGCCAACCCCGAGUUCCUGAGCCAAAAUCAACAUUUUAAUUUGAACAUUUUUAGGCCUUGAAACAACUUAUAAUAAUGUAUUUGUGUAAUAUUACUUUGAAAAUGAAGCACUUCAGUGUUUUUACUAAACUUAGAGCACAAUUCUUAACUAGAGAAAUGACGAAAAAUGCUCGCUAAAAUCCUUCUACUCAUUUAGAAGUACCAUACGAGCAUCAGCGUGGUCAAUGCCUUUAUAAAUAAUAAAUAAAUAAAUGCAUUUUAGUGCUAUAAGUCAAGUUUCUGGUGAUAAUCAGACCAGCAGGUGGUGUUUUCCCGAAUGCACAGAAAUGGUCCCGUUAUGACUCCAGACACCUGCAGUGUCAGUCGCACUGGUUGAUGCUGAAGAUGAAGACGGAUCCGGGUCUGAAUCAUGAGUUUGCGUCUCUAUCAGUUUCGGUUUCAACAUCGCCUGAAAUUUCACUGCUGUCUCUAUCUAGAAUCCUCGCUCCUGCCUGUGUAACUGUGUAUGUCGCCCCUGUUUUAGAUGUACCUGUGUUCACUGUAGGUGCAACUUUAGCUGGAACACGAUUAGCUUUUUCGCUUUGGCAUUUUUAGUUCACUUCUACUAUUACACCAAUAUUCACGCUUGGGUCUUCAUCGUAAUGCCGGCGUAAAAACGUAAUCACGUCGUGACGUCAUCAACCUUCCGGGUCAAAAAAUAAUAAUUAAAUAAGAAGGAAUCAUAGCAGAGUCAUGCCGGUACACCGGCCUUACAGGGAUAACGUUUACACUGUAAAUCCUCUAUAUCAGCCUUACGGGGAUUUGGCAUAGACGACCAAGCCGGUACAUCGUCCUUAUGGGAAUAGAUCAAAGACGGGCAAGCUGGUUUUUCAGCCAUACGGGGUAAGAGGGUUAAGUACACGUCCGGAAACGUACAGCCAACUCAUCCCAAAGCACGAGGCGGGAGCAGGCGUGUACGAGAUGUGAUCGUCCAAUGGCAAGCAGGAACAUGACGCAUUGCAGUGGACGGGGCUUAAAAGAGGAGGAGACAAGACACCCAUCCCUCCCCCGACAUAGACACACGAAUGGAACAUAGUACAAACAGAAAUACAACUGAGGACGUAACAAUGGCCAAGUAUCAAAUAAAAUGUAAACGUGCAUUGAUGAAGUUAAUGUUGUUAGUAAUUGUUUAUAAAUUACCAUGGUAACACAGAGCUCCAAGGUAUAAAAAUAUGGAGUUUGUCAUCAAUCAAACAGUAACCAGUUUUAAUACCUAAAAAAGUUUACGUAGCAAAAUUUAGCAAAGCGCUUUACAGUAAAUUAAAAUGUAAGAUUAAACUAAUGAAAUGUUGUGCAGCACAUGCUUAUGUUAAUGUUUGUUUCAUUAUAUGAUCAUAUAAAUAAAUAAGUACUCCCGAAGUCACCAGAAUUGAAAGCUUUGGUGCUGUUAAACAUUUAGAGAUUGAGGUUGUGGUGACUCAGUAGUUCACUCAGUAUAUCUGGGUAAGACACAGUGAACGACUCACUGCUGGCAUUCAUGAAGAAGUCAUAAACUCCACUGGAAUAAUAAAUAGGAUCUAAUAAAACCAUGAGUGGAAAUUA